AUGGACGCCGACAUAAACGCAGACGCCCGCGCCCACCUCAAAGAGCACGGCUGGGCCAGGGUCCCGUCCGUGCUGUCCCCCAGCGACGCCUCAGCCACCCUCGCGCGGCUCUGGAAAGCCAAAGAAUCCGCCGAAGCGCGCGGCGACGACACGUUCCUCCCCUGGCUCGACCCCAACGCCAGCAACGUCCGCAUCUUCUACCUGCUCGAGCUGGACGCCAUCUUCCGCGACCUCAUCUCACACCCCACGGCCGUCGACAUGGUCAAGUCGGUGCUGGGCGACAACUUCCUCAUCUCGAACUUCACGGCCAACAUCGCGCGCCCGGGCUCGCAGAGCAUGGCGCUGCACUCGGACAUGAGCAUCGUGUUCCCCGAUCCGUGGAAGGAGGUCUGGGCCAUCAACGCCAUCUGGUGCCUGACGGACGUGUACGCUGAGAACGGAGCCACCCGCUACAUCCCCGGCUCCAACCGGUGGUUGACGCGCGACGAGGUGCCCAAGAACGCGCCCGAGCUACUGAAGCCAUUCGAGGCGAAGGCGGGCGAUGUCAUCUUCAUGGACGGCCGGGUGUGGCACACGAGCGGGGCGAAUGUGACCGAGGACCAGGACCGCGCGCUGUUGUUUGGCUACUACACGGCCCCGUUCAUGAGACAGCAGGUCAACUGGACGGCGAGGCUGCCGAGAGAACUUCAGGAGGAGCUGGGCCCGGAGAUGAAAGAGUGGCUGGGGUUGAAUCCAGCGGCGAAUGUUGGCGCCACGGGAGAUCUGAGGGUUUUGUCGGAGCAGUAUCCGGAGUAUGCAGAGAAGAUCUCUGUGUAG